UUUGCGAUUCUUUCACGUAAACGGUAACGUAAAAUGGCGAAUUGGAGUUGUUAUUUACUUACGCGAACUAUAACGAAAUAAUUUUAGUACAAUCAAAGACGUAUUUGUUAUUGCUGAAAUCGGAAUUGUAUAUUUACUUCAUCUUGUACAAACGACUGUUUUAUUGUGCAGAUACUAAUUCGUCGUUCUACAGAUAUGAUAUUGAUGGACUGGUGUAGUCCUGUAUAGUAGUGAUAUUGAUCAGUUUGCUAUUGGUCUACAUUGAUUGACAAAAGAUCAUAUUUGCAAGCAGUCGAGUCUUGAAUAAUAUGGCACAAUAUUAUAAUUUUGUGACCAAUGCCAGUGGUACGUUAUCACUUGAAGAUUUACAGAAAAUUUGCUCUGCAGAAGGACAAAGUGUUCAGUUAGUUUUUGAAGAUGUAAAUAAUGGUGACAAUGGUUCUCAGCAAUUUUUAACUUAUACCACUGCGCCGCAAAACAGUGGGCAAUCGAUAUUUUCACAGCAAGUUAAUUUAGGAAAUCAAAUCUCUACAACGCAAUUGGAACAAGGACAAAAUGUUUUUAUAAUUAAAACAAAUACAAAUGAGUUAACUUCACCUCAAGGCGUAUUAAAGACUACAGCAGUUAAUACUAAUACUCUUGGUGGAAACAUAGUUGAUAAUAAAGGUUCUAAGGCAUUGAUAGGUUGUAAUAAUGAAGGACAACAAAUACAAUGGAUAAAAAUGCAGAAAAAUAGUAUUAGUGAAAAUGCAGUUUCAAAACAGAGUGCAUCAUCAUUGAGUGCUGGACUUAUAAAAAGAAAACCACCUAGGUUGUAUCAAAAUAGAAAUCGACAUCCGAUAAACAGUGUACAGACUGGAUCUUUGUGUGCUCUUGAUAGGGUGAAUGUAACAAGUAACUCUGAAAUACAAAUACAAACUGCUAAUGCGUCUAAUGUCAGAGCAUCUACACCUUCAUUGUGUAAUAAAUCAGUUAGUCCUAUCGGACAAAAUGUGACCCCAAUUUCUACACAAACACAUAGUUCUUUGAGUACAAUUCUUACUAGACCUCAGGCUUCCAAUUUAAUACCAAAAAACUCAUUAAUACCUCAACAGUCUAAAAUGGAACAAACGAAAUUAAAACAAAUGCAAAAAGAUCAAAGACGGCAAGGAAGUAAUGUACAGCGAUUAUCAAAUGCUAUGCCACAAGCAGUACAGGGUUCAUUAAAUUGUCCUGGACAACGACAACAGACAAAUGUAGCGCAACAAAGACAACAUAUAUCAUCUACAUCACAAUCACAAUUUCAAAAACAAUCCACAUUAACACAAAAGUCUCAAUAUGAACAACAACCUUCGCUCUCAUCUUCAUCUAAAAAUAUGAAUAGUAUGGACAUUGAAUCUCCAGAACCCUCAGAAUUAACAUCACUUACAGACCACACACUGACAAAUCAACAUAAUUUGUCAUCGCAAAUUGAGUCAGAAAACAAUUCGUCUGAAAGUAUUGCCUAUCUUCAACAAGUUAUCGAUAAUCCAUCAAAUACUAUAGUUCAGCAUCAAAUUCAAGGAAAUACUGCAAAAAUGUUAGUUACGUUCACUAACGGUGAACAAAGAUUAAUUACAUUUGACAUACCAAACGAGGAUUGUACGGUUCAAGAUUUAUUAGAGCAGGCAAACAUUGUAUUUUGUGGGUCAACGAGUGUUUCUUUAGUUUCUGAUCCUACAUUGGGUAUAAACUAUAUCGUGGAUGCUAGAUCUGGUUCAGCGAUGGCAUCACAUGAUACGACUGAAAGUGAUAAUUCUCACGACAACGUAAAUACUAAUUUAGAUAAUUCGCAUAGUUCACCAGAUGAGAACAGCAACCCUGUCCAACAAAUUGAGGAGCCUAUAUACAUUGAGGGAAUGCUUGCCGUCUGUUCUCACUGUGGCAUCAGUUCAAUCGACUUCAACCGGUGUUCAAGAUGUAGAAGAAAACUACCGAAGGAUGUGAAAUCCAUACCUAUGUCAAUGGGCAUGCAAGAGAAAAAGGAUACCAUGUUAUCCGUUGAUACCUUUUAUAAGAAAAAUAACGAGCGAAACUCAUCAGCGAAACUAGAGAAAUUGGAACGAGAUGGGUCCGUUUAUAAACGUGGAAGAGGAAGAGGAAGGGGCGCUGUGAAACCAAGGCCUAUUCAUAAGGAGCCAGAGUGUUUGACAAUAUCGUCGGAUGAAGAGGAAGAAGGAAAAAGUAAAAAAUCGGAGGGCUCUAAUAACAGUUCAUUUUCACAUAUUACAAGUAAUAGUUUUACAGAAGAAACUGAGACCAUACUUGAAAAGGAACCAGUAAUUACGAACAAUUCUAUUUCUAGUAUAAGUUCUGACUAUAGUAUGGAUAGCGAAGAUAUUCUUAAAGAUAAUUCUGUUCAGUGCCCCCAUACUUCUCUGUUGUGUCGGACAGUAAGGAUAGGAUCUUAUAAAUAUAUUCCUCGGGAAAGAGUAGUAAUCUCCCAAAAUGGAGUACGAUUUGGUGUACCUUUGUUGGAAGAUGAGAAAAGCUUCGUAACAUUAGACGUUAAGUUUCAAGAUCUUGUAAAAGUACUAAUUCAUUUUGGGAAGUCGAUGCCAGUGCUUUUCUUUUAUACUUGUACUAGUACUGGAGCUAUGAUUCGUGAAUUAUUAGGAAUGCAAGAUCCAAAAGGGCCGUAUUACGACCCCGCUGGAAAAGAUCACACGCAUAAACGGAUAACGUUACUGCCAGAGAAAUUAAGUGAAGAAUCAAAAGUAGUGCUAAAAAAUUUAUUCUCACGAAGGCGUUUGUUAGAGGAAUUAAGUUCGAAGGAAGCAAACGAUAUUCUGGUACGGGCAUCACCGAAAGAUAGUUCGCAAGUUCAAACUAUGUCAAAGAAAGACAGUCAAUCGUCAUCGUUAAAUAAUUCGAAUGUCAAUGGUGGAAUACAGACAAUAACUGUAUAUCCUCCACCGCCUGCAAAGGGUGGUAUAGCCAUUAACACUGAAGAUUAUUUGUGUCUUGGAGAGGAUCAAUUUUUGAACGAUGUAAUCAUUGACUUCUAUUUAAAGUAUCUAACAUUAGAAGUUUUAUCGGAAUCUGAUCAACAUAGAACUCACGUGUUUAGUUCUUAUUUUUAUAAACGAUUAACGAGUCCGCAUACUCAAUCAGUCGAAAGUAACGUGCCUCUUUCGCCUGCUGCAAAAAGACACGCAAGAGUGCAAAAGUGGACGAAAAAUGUCAAUAUAUUUGAGAAGGACUUUAUUAUAAUUCCUAUUAACGAACAUGCUCAUUGGUUUUUGGCUAUUAUUUGUUUUCCUGGAUUAGUGGGCGAAGUUUCUACGAAUCAAGCACGUUCCGAAGAAAACGAUGUUCGCAAAACUGUACAAAGAAGCAAACGAUUGAAGGAGAUUAAACUCCAAGCUGUUACAAUCGGAAGCACAACGCUCGCGCCAGUGACAACAACCAUAACUAUAGAUCAACCUGACGACGGUUCGGAAAGAGACGAAGCCGAAGGCGAUGACGAAGAAAUGGAAAUGGAUAGCGAAGAUGAUGAUGAAACGGAAAUGGCGGAAGAUAAAAGUCGCCUGCCGAAAAUAGAACCAAAUCUGUCACAGGAAAAUUCUAUCGUGAAAGUGCCGUGCAUAUUGAUAUUCGAUUCUCUUGCUGGGGCAAGCAGAGCACGAGUGGUAGCAACAUUAAGGGAUUACUUGAGUUGCGAAUAUGUUGCAAAAAUUGGAAGUGAAAAAGUAUUUUCGAAAGACACCAUUAAAGGCGCAUCGUUGAAAGUUCCUCAGCAAUCGAAUUUUACUGAUUGCGGAUUAUAUGUAUUACAAUACGUGGAGAGCUUCUUUAAAAAUCCUAUAAAAAAUUAUACAUUGCCGAUAAAAACAUUGAAGAACUGGUUCGAGGAGAUAACCGUGACGAGAAAAAGGGAAGAACUGUCGAAGCUAUUAAUUAAGUUAGUGAAUUCAACCAAAGGAGACAAGAACAUUACUAUACCUGCCGUGAACUUUCCUACACAAGAUGGUAAAUUGAAACUGAAGGCCGAGAAUCACGUCGACCUGAAAUCGGUGAAGACGGACAUAGAAGAUAAGAAGAAGUCUACAGCAGACGGAGAGAAUCGUAUUAGUAACAAUAUGCCAAAUCAAACGGAGAAUACCGAACCAACUAAUGAGAUAGUUAAUAAAACAUACCUAACCCCGACCAUUCCUUAUUCUCAAUGUACAAGUUCCAAUUCGACUGAAAGCAAUCCAACGGAAAUGUUGACUGACCCUAAAACUUCUCAUCCGAGAUCAUCAAGCGAAACGAUGUCCUAUUUGAAAUCGAAACGAAUUCCCAGGUUAAUGUUAAGAACAGAGAGUCAAGAUGAUUCCCAAGUGGCCAAAAAGCACAAAGGAGAGUCUUUUGAUUCUUGUAAAUAAAUUUUACUUUCUUUUUUAUAAUGAUAUAAUUGAAGUUAGCCCACAUUCAUAAAUAACAUGGAAUCAUUUACCUAUGUAAUAAAUGUAGUUCAUAAAUAUGAUUACUUCAUAAAAUGAAUA